CAAAGAAAUAUAGCUAUGGCAGAACAGUAUUAUUAUGUUGUCCUUCGCUCAACAACCGGAGCCUACAUUUCCCAGGGUGCAUCCGGGCUGCACACAGUGUGCACCAAUAAUUUGUGCUCGGCGGGGAACAAGCUACCGUCGCCGCUGCUAGUUGACAGAGGAGAGAAGCACAAGGACCAAGGUUGUUUGGAGGUCUGUUUUGCGGUGUCCAGCAUGUCUGUGGACUGGGUAGGAUACGGGUACUCGGCGCUGGUCGCCACCGGCGGAGUCAUCGGUUACGUGAAAGCAGGCAGCGUCCCCUCCCUGGCUGCAGGUCUCCUCUUCGGGGGCCUCGCGGGUGUUGGGGCCUACCAGAUCUCCAAUGAUCCCAAAAACGUUUGGAUUUCCCUUGCUACUUCAGGAGCUCUAACUGGCGUAAUGGGAAAGAGGUUCUACGGUUCCAGGAAGUUCAUGCCAGCGGGCUUGAUGGCUGGAGCAAGUCUUCUGAUGGUGGCGAAGCUUGGUGUCACAUUGCUGCAGAAACCCCAGGCGUCCUGAUGGGAGUGAAGAUUCUGAAGGGUAUCCCAUCGCCUGUUUCAGGAGCAGCUCGUCAUUCACUGUUUAAACAUUCAUGUCAAAUUUGAAAAGAUGAAGAUGAAAUAUAUGUCUUUGUUUAUAUAAUAAGAAUGGCUGUCUUGUCCUUUUUUUUAAUAAAUGAAUGCACCGUGAA